GUCCGGGGGGGGCCGGGUUUACGCGAACAUGGCGUCUCUCGGGCCCAAUUAGACCGCAACUUGUUUCCCCCUCGAGUUCCACGCAAGUCACUGCGAUUGCCGGGCGGGAUUUCCGCAUUACCGAGUAAUAUGGCGAAGACGUACGACUAUUUGUUUAAACUGCUGUUAAUCGGGGACUCGGGAGUCGGGAAGACCUGCGUUUUGUUCAGAUUUUCGGAGGAUGCCUUUAACUCAACAUUUAUCUCCACUAUAGGUAUUGACUUUAAAAUUAGAACAAUAGAACUAGAUGGGAAGAAGAUUAAGUUACAAAUAUGGGACACCGCUGGCCAGGAACGGUUCCGGACGAUCACGACGGCGUACUACAGAGGAGCCAUGGGCAUCAUGCUAGUAUAUGAUAUUACCAAUGAGAAAUCUUUUGACAACAUCAAGAACUGGAUAAGGAACAUUGAGGAGCAUGCAUCAGCAGAUGUGGAGAAGAUGGUGUUGGGCAACAAGUGUGAUGUUAAUGACAAGAGGCAAGUGUCCAAAGAAAGGGGGGAGAAGCUGGCUUUGGAGUACGGCAUCAAAUUCAUGGAGACCAGUGCGAAGGCAAACAUCAAUGUGGAGAAUGCAUUUAUGACACUUGCCAGGGACAUCAAAGUAAAGAUGGACAAGAAAUUGGAGGGCAACACUCCACAAGGCAGCACCCAGGGGAUGAAGAUCACCUCAGAGCAGCAGAAGAAGAGCAGUUUCUUCCGUUGUGUCUUACUGUGAGGACCCAUAGCCUUAAUGUCUGCCCCAAGGCUGGACGUAACUGGACUUCGCUUGCUCAGAGCACUUUCCUUCCCCUUUAGCUCUUCUGCUCUCCUUAAUCCUUUGCGCUGCCUCCCUUUGUGAUAACUAACCGACCGUUUGUCAGUCCUCCUACCCUCAGUCCUCGCGUCAUCAUAUUUUACUGCUAUAUGUGCACAGCAAGAACCCAGAUGUAGAGAACUUUUCUCCAACCGUUUCUGUUCUUCUGAAAGUCUUCCAGCACACUGUCCAGUGCUCUGCAUCAACAAACCCCAAGUCUGUUCCGGCCACUUUAGUUUGCCAGUCAGGUUCUGGCCCUAGAAUCUGUGUUGCUGUCAUUUUGUGUUCUGUGUUUCAUCACCUAGAAAAACGUACCACUUACUCUUGAGUUGUUCUAAGAUGGGUUGACAUCACCCUCGAGUGUGCACUUUUUAUGUCGUCGUCUUUCAGAUCAGGGAUGUGAAGGGUUUUUUUUUUUUUUUUUUUUUUAAAUCAGUGUAUAACAUUGUAUUAGGACUGAUGUACAUCUCAUUAUUUGAUCCAUUUGUUGUGUUGUAUUUUUUUGAUUGAAAAUGACUUAUUGCAGCAAUUUCUUAAAUGCAAGUAUAAUUUUUAAAUGACAUUCCUUGACAAUCCGUUGGAUCCUAUUAGCUAUCCAGUUGAGUUGCUGUUCUCACGCAGUAGACUUCCCUGCUAAAGUCCAGUAGCUCUUCCAUCUAUCUUGUGCAACUCUGUUUUGUAGCUUACAUCCGUGCCUGCAGAUGUGCUUGAUAGCGGACUCCGCCAUCACAUCUUCACUCACUCAUUCUCUAAAAUAAACCAUGUUUUGACAGUGAUUUGUCCACUAUACCCUUUGUUGUUUUCCCCCAGUUUAAAUUUCUGACUUCAGUUUGUUGGCCUUAUAAGACUUUGUACCUUGUGUCCAGUACUUGACAGUCCAGAGCAAACCCCCCCCCCCCAUCCAUGUGUACGUCAGUGCUGAAGGUUGUCGUUCUUGAUGAAUGAGCCUAGAUAUCUUUUGUACAGGCAAUAAUAAAUGGUGUUAUACUUACUAUGUGACAUAGUAACCUUUUCUUUGAAAAGCUGUUUGUAUGGAUGGCUGUUUUAACAGUAAUUGCCUGUGUUUUCCAGAAGCUUUCUCCACUUACCUGUCACCAGUCCUCACACCGUCCAGGUGAGCCAAACUGGGUCAGCAGUACCAGUCUGUGGUCUUCCCUUAGCCCGAUAUUUGUAUCUGGUAGUUUUACAAUGGGAAAAUAUUACAAUAUUUCAUGGUUUAAUGUUACUCUAAAUAUUGAUGGGAUCAGCACUUGCUGCUUUUGCCCUGAGCCUGGCCACCAAAGCAAACUUUAAAUACAGUAUGUGACAACACCAAGUGGUGUUACGGCGUGGUACAGAGGCAGGGAAACAGCAGGAUUUGGAAAAAGCUCACUUUGUCAGUUUUCUCAGCCUCUAAAUGAUAUAAAAAUUCUCAUUUAUAAAUUUCAAGAAACGUGUUUUUUUUUCUCUCUAAAUUGUAAUUCUUUUUGAUUUCUAAAUAUUAUGGUUUUGCUUAAAUAUUUGAGCAAAAAGGAAGUCAAUGAAAUUCACCUUAAAUGGGAAAUGUAAUGUUUUUGACAGACACUGGAAUGUAAACCUUAAACUCGAAUAAACUGAAGGUCAGCAUUGCAUUACGUUCAACGCCUGGCUCCUGUUCACAGACUUUGCUGUGUUAUUAGUGAUUAAGUAUAAAUGCCUUUUUAUUAAUGUACGCCUUAUUGAAGUAGAUGAUGGGAUGGCAUGCAAGGAAGAUUGUCAUGGUAAUUGCAAACUUGGAAAUUGAAAGAGGACAAAAGAUGAAAUGAGGAAUAUUUCAAUGAAUAAUGAAAGUGAAACCAUGUACCGGUCUGGUUUUUAUUGUUGUUAUUAUUAUUUUUAUUGUUAUAUUUUGUAAUUUGAAAAUGUUAUUUUGCGAAUUCGACCAAAUAGAAGUGUUGCAGUUAUCAAUAUACUUUUUGAUCCAUAAGAGCGAAACAUGAGUGAAGUCCUUUCAAAUGUGCAUUUUUGCAACUUGAGAAGAGACAGAAGGAAUCGCCAUCUUUGUAUCCAUGAGGAAAUAGUUUUGUCACUCCUGUCAAUAUCCAACCUGGCAAUGCACACAUCCUUCUCUGCACAAGCUGACUUGUUUGAUUUUGGGAAAAGUAUACCAUUGAAUGUACAGCAUGUAUCCAUACUUCUGCAUUUUGGUUUUGUCUGUUUACAAAUUGAGUAUAAAGUCUAAUCGUGUGUGUGUGUGUGUUUUUUUUUUUUUUUUUUACAUUUUUCCUUAGAUCAGUGACUUAACAGCACAUUUGCCAUCUUUUUCCCUUUAAAGCUAUGCAUCAUGAACCUUCUGGGCCUCCGUGUCUGUGUAUCUGUACAUAAAUGAGGAAAAUGUUGUUCCUUGUGGUAUGAGGUGUGAAGGUUUCUGUUCUCCACAAACAUUCCUCUUCUCUCCCUGCUUAUUGAUGCCCUGUGGCAUUGUUACCAUUAGAACAUUCACAACAAGCAAAACACAAUAUUUGCUGGCACAAAGAAAGCAAAACUGAUAUUGUCAGCUUUUGAAACCUAGUGAGAAUCAUUCAGCUUUCUGAAAUGAUGUCUGCUGCAGACAUGAGGUUCAUGUAGCAGGUCAUGUUCUUGCUGUCCAUGGUGUAGCAGCACGUGCGUCUCUGCUCUGGAUGCGUGGCUGAAUGGAUGGUUUGACAGCCAUAUCUGUAAGAAAAAGCUCAAAGGGGUUAAAAAAGAAGAAAUCAAGGCUGUUAAAAAGGGGAGCAAGCAGCUGUAAGAAUAAAGUGAUUUUAAAGCAAGCAACCUUGGAAUAUUUGCUUUACUGAGUAACUUUGUAUUGCAUUUGAUUAAUAUUUUUGUGAGCAAUAUUCUGAUUUUAUUGGCGAUUCUCAGUUAAUUCUGGAAUGGGGGGAGGUUGGAAAUACACAUUGUAAAUAAAUUAAAAUAAGAGAAAUGCAUGAUUGUAACAUAACUUUCCAAAAAUCUUAUGUAAUUUGGUUCUAAAGCUUUGUAGAUAUGUGUACUUUUGAUGAUUUAUUAAAAUAAAUUUGUUUUAUAAUGA